UCUCCCAUUGAUUCAGGAAGUAUGGAAGUGUGGAGAGUUGCCAUGACAACUAUGUCCUCUUACCCCUUAGCAUCUUUGUGGCAAUAUGGAGGGUUGGGGGUGGGGGAGAGGCAGCAGAAGGACAGUAAGACUUAUUCCCCAUCUAAUUCUUCUCCCCAAAUCUGUAUGUAACCGGCUACCUGCCAGAAAUCCAGCAGACGUUGGGAGAGAAGGCAGUGAGGAGGCUUUGCCCUGUCCCUGUACCUCUCCCCAUUCGAGGAAUUUGGGGGUGGGUACUUCAGAUGGUGGAGUUAGAAUGUGUUCAGCAGAACAGAGAAUCAAAUUCUCUGCCUGUGGGCCACGCCCUCCCGCCCCGCCCACGCAGAGCCCACACAGAUGGGGGGCGGAGACCGCCCCCGCUGGCCUGUACCUUGGGGGCGGAGCUUGGCCAUAGACUCAGCUGAACCAUGAACCGCUGCCCCCGCAGGUGCCGGAGCCCGCUGGGGCAGGCAGCACGAUCCCUCUACCAGCUGGUGGCUGGAUCAUUGUCUCCAGACAGUGUGGAAGAUGAAUUUGAACUGUCCACCGUGUGUCACCGGCCAGAGGGUCUGGAGCAGCUGCAAGAGCAAACCAAGUUCACACGCAAGGAGUUACAGGUCCUGUACCGAGGCUUCAAGAAUGAAUGCCCCAGUGGAAUUGUGAAUGAGGAGAACUUCAAGCAGAUUUACUCUCAGUUCUUUCCUCAAGGAGAUUCCAGCACCUAUGCUACUUUUCUCUUCAAUGCCUUUGACACCAAUCAUGAUGGCUCUGUCAGUUUUGAGGACUUUGUGGCUGGUUUGUCAGUGAUUCUUCGUGGAACCAUAGAUGACAGGCUGAACUGGGCCUUCAACCUCUAUGACCUCAACAAAGAUGGCUGUAUCACCAAGGAGGAAAUGCUGGACAUCAUGAAGUCCAUCUAUGAUAUGAUGGGCAAGUACACAUACCCAGCACUCCGGGAGGAAGCCCCAAGGGAACAUGUGGAGACCUUCUUCCAGAAGAUGGACAGAAAUAAGGAUGGUGUGGUGACGAUCGAGGAAUUCAUUGAGUCUUGCCAAAAGGACGAGAACAUCAUGAGGUCUAUGCAGCUCUUUGACAAUGUCAUCUAGCUCCCCAGAGAAGGGGGACAAUGUGUCCAGGGGGGAACCAUGCUCUAGUCCUAGUCCAAGUGGACCUUGCCCUUUUCUUCCCGGAUCUGUCCUCAUCCUAGCUGUACCCUGGGGGCUGUAGGGAUCCAAGAGCCUGGAGCUUCUGUAGUACAGAUCCUUGGAGCUAAAGGGGCCAGAGAGUGGGCAAAGUGCAUUUGGAGGGUCUUCCCAUCUCCCAGCAGCUUUCACUUCCCUCCUGCCUGAGACCCAGUGCUGAGGGCACCCCUGCUGUAGGCACUGUUUCCCGACAAUCCACCCCAACUCUAGAAAUAACACUAGACAGAAUGUUCUCCUGCUAUGGUGCUUCUCCCAUCCCUGAUCUCACAAACAUCCCCCAAUACUCCCUUCUCAGAGAGGAUGCUCUGUCCUUGGCACUGGCUGACUUUACAGACCAAUCUUUGGGAGGGAGACAAGAAUGUAGAAGAAAUCUUGGGCCUGAGUCAGUGAUUAGGUCUUAGGAGUUGGUUGGGGUAGAGAACAGAAAGUGUCGGCAGAUCAUGAACUCUCAGGUUCCACAGACCUGCUGCCCCAGGCCAUCGGCAUAUGAGUUUCCAGUGUUUACAGAAGGCCUUAGAAACAUCCCAGAAAUUUACAAUCACCACCUUUCUCAGCGUCCUAGGAGAGCCUGGGAUCCAGCUAUCUGGCUCAUUCCUGGAAUUCCUACCUCUCUCUCCUUCUGUUUGUAUGAUGGUGGUUGGCAGGAGAAGAUGGGUAGGAGACAUCCUGGCUGAAACCCACAAUUUCAGCCUAUCCUUCCUGCCUGUUCACCUGUUUUGAUGGCUACAACUUUGAGUUUUCACUUGCCGUGUCCUCUGGAUUUGGAGGCAUGGAGUGAGCCAGGGAUUUUUCUGAACUUGGGUCCUCCCACUCCUCUCAGUAGAUGCCUUAGGGGAGAGGGAAAAGGGCAGGCAGGCAUAGCACCUGAACCCAGUGUGGGGGGGCAGUCACUAGACUCUUUGAUCAACCCAGGCUCUACCCCACAUAGCCUCCUUUUCCUCUACUCAGUAUACCCAGAGAUGUUCCUUAACACACCAAGAGGGCAGAGACCAUAGGACCCAGGUCCCACCUCAUUGUCAGCACCCCUGCCAUGCUGCUAUACCCUUUAUAUACUUGCUUGUCCUAUUUAGCUCACACUCCCAGUUAACCAGAAUCUGAGGGGAAAGGUCCCAGGAGCCUCCUACCCACCCCAUCAGACACUGUUGACUGCUUUGCAUUUUUGGCUCUUAUGUAUAUUUUGUAAAAUAAGAAAUAACACUGAUCCAGUAAAACACUAUGG